AUGUUGGACUAUGAAUGGGGUAACCCAUCUAACAUCAUGCUUACCGGAAAUGAAGAUAACUCCGCCGCAGCUUCCGAUCAAACCCACCGUCAAAUCUUCGACCACUAUGCUUCUCAAGCUAUGCUAUCUGAGAAUUACUUAAACGGGUCUGGGCAUGGGCUUGCCAUCAACAUGAACAACUGUGAUUUCAACCACCUACAGCAGCAGCAACAACAACAACACUUUAGCCCACAAGCCCAGCAUCAUCAUAUGCAUCACUCUUUCUUCGACCCACGGGCUUUUCAGGGUGGUUCUUCAACAAACUCAUACCCUCCACCUCAACCAUCACAGCAUCCGUUGCUUUCUCUAGACCCACUUCCUCAAAACUGUGGGCAUGGACAUGGGCCUGGACUCCUUGUCCCGAAAUCAGAGGAUAUUAACAGGCCCAUGGACUUUGUCGGCUCUAGGAUUGGGCUUAACCUUGGUGGCCGUACUUAUUUCUCCUCUUCCGAAGAUGACUUCGUGAGCCGACUCUACCGCCGGUCUAGACAGCCUGAACCGGGUUCACACGGGUCUUCCAACUCGCCUAGGUGCCAGGCCGAAGGAUGCAAUGCUGAUCUGUCUCAGGCGAAGCACUACCACCGCCGACAUAAGGUUUGCGAGUUUCACUCCAAGGCAGCCACCGUCAUCGCCGCUGGGUUAACUCAGCGAUUCUGCCAGCAAUGCAGCAGGUUUCAUCUUCUUUCUGAGUUUGAUAAUGGAAAACGUAGCUGCAGAAAGAGAUUAGCUGAUCAUAAUCGUCGCAGAAGAAAAACUCAACACCCAAAUACUCAAGAAAUUCACAAAUCUCAAAACACUUUGGAAAAUGCUGCUACAAGAUCUCCGCCGGAGUCGGGAACUCAGUCUUCAUCAUCGGUGACGGUGGCGGUUUCUCCGCCGGAUUAUUUUCGACAAAGGUCGUAUCAAAGCCCAAGCCCAUCAACAAUAUCAAGCUCAAUGUUUUUCUCAACUGGGUAG